CGAGGUAACGGCGGCGGCUGCUCCCCGCACGGCGCAAUUCCCGGUGAAAAGAGAAAAUUCCCUGUGUCUGGAAACAUGGAUGUGAAGAGUAGAAAUUAUCUGCUUCUGAAUCGCCAGGCAUUGGAAAAAGACAUCAAGACCUCAUACAUUAUGGAUCAUAUGAUUGCUGACCAAGUAUUGACAUUACAGGAGGAAGAGAAAGUAAAACAACAGAAUACUCAGAAGGAGCGAGCAGCUAUGCUAAUAAACAUUAUCCUUAAAAAGGAUAAUAAUUCAUAUAGAUCUUUCUAUAACGCACUACUUCAUGAAGGGUACAGAGAUCUUGCUGCGCUACUUCAGGAUGGCAUCCCGGUCUUCUCUGCUGGAAAUGGGAAGAGUUCUGCGGAUGGAAUGACUUCAUAUGUUAAGAUGGUCCUAUGCGAAGGAGGUGUACCACAGAGACCAGUGGUGUUUGUUACGCGUCCAAAACUGGUAGAUGCCAUUAAGCAGAAACUCUGCUGUUUGGGAAAUGAUCCCGGUUGGGUCACGGUUUAUGGAAUGGCAGGUUGUGGAAAGACAGUUUUAACAGCAGAAGCUUUAAGGGAUCACCAGCUCUUGGAAGAUUAUUUUCCAGGAGGAGUUCACUGGAUAUCUGUUGGAAAACAAGACAAAGCAGGGCUUCUAAUGAAACUCCAGAAUCUCUGUAGUAGGUUAGACCACGAUGGUACCUUUUCACAAAGGCCACCCCUUAACAUCGAGGAGGCUAAAGAUCGUCUUCGUUUGCUGAUGCUACGCAAAUACCCCAGUAGGCCUCUCUUGGUCCUGGAUGAUAUUUGGGAUUCCUGGGUGUUAAAAGCAUUUGAUAAUCAGUGUCAGAUUCUGAUCACCAGCAGGGACAGGAGUGUAACAGAUGCAGUGGCUGGCAAUAAAUAUGAGAUACAUGUGGAAAGUGGAUUAGCACAUGAGAAAGGGCUGGAGGUUUUGUCCCUGUUUGUGAAUAAGAAAAUAACAGAACUGCCGGAACAAGCUGAUUGCAUUGUAAGGGAAUGCAAAGGUUCUCCUCUUGUGAUAUCCUUGAUAGGUGCUUUAUUACGAGACUUCCCUGGUCGUUGGGAAUACUACCUCAAGCAGCUGCAGAAUAAGCAAUUCAAAAGAAUAAGAAAAUCUUCAUCAUAUGACUAUGAAGCUCUUGAUGAAGCAAUGUCCAUAAGUGUUGAACAACUGAAUGAAAACAUUAAGGGCUAUUAUAAGGACCUUUCCAUCCUCCCAAAAGAUGUUAAAGUUCCUACAAAGGUUCUCUGUAUUCUUUGGGAUAUGGAAACUGAAGAAGUUGAAGAUAUCUUGCAGGAAUUUGUUAACAAAUCACUGUUAUUCUGUGAUCGUAAUGGGAAGUCAUUCCAUUAUUAUUUACAUGAUCUUCAACUUGACUUUCUUACAGAGAAGAAUCGCAAUCAGCUUCAGGAUCUACAUAAAAACAUAGUAAAUCAGUACAAAAAAUAUUACAAACUUAAUAUGCCCAUUCCAUCUGAAGAGGAUUGCAUGUACUGGUAUAACUUCCUAGCAUAUCAUAUGGCAGGUGCCAAUAUGCAGAAGGAACUCUGUGAUCUUAUGUUUUCUCUGGAUUGGAUUAAAGCUAAAACAGAGUUGGUAGGCCCUGCCCAUCUGAUUCACGAAUAUGUAGAAUAUAGUUCAGUCCUUGAUCAAAAGAAUAGCAUAGUACGUGAGAACUUCCAGGAAUUUCUGUCUUUAAAUGGGCACCUUCUUGGACGACAGCCAUUUCCUGACAUAAUACAGCUGGGUCUUUGCCAACUGGAGACAUCAGAGGUCUAUCAGCAAGCCAAGUCACUUGCUCAACAAGAAGCAGGCAUAUUUUAUUUGGAGUGGAUAAAUAAGAAGUCCAUGAAGAACCUCUCCCGCCUGGUAGUUCGUCCACACAGAGAUGCAGUAUACCAUGCCUGCUUUUCUCAGGAUAGACAGAGAAUAGCAUCAUGUGGAGCUGAUAAAACACUACAGGUGUUCAAGGCAAAAAGUGGAGAGAGACUUCUGGAGAUAAGGGCACAUGAUGAUGAAAUAUUUUGUUGCGCGUUCUCUGCGGAUGGUGCCUUUGUAGCAACUUGUUCAGCUGAUAAAAAAGUGAAGAUCUGGAAUUCAAGAACAGGUCAAUGUAUGCGUGUAUAUGAAGAACACACAGAACAGGUCAAUUGCUGCCAAUUUAAUAAUAGAAGUGGUCAGUAUCUUUUAUCCACGUGCUCAAAUGACACUUUCAUCAAACUUUGGGAUUUGAACAGAAAAUAUUGUAGAAAUACAAUGUUUGGUCAUGUCAAUGCUGUCAAUCAUUGUAAAUUUUCACCAAAUGAUGAAUAUGUUGCUAGCUGCUCAACCGAUGGAACAGUAAAGCUUUGGGAAGUACGCUCCGCAAAUGAACUGAAAACCAUUGAGAUAAAAGAUUUCUUCAAAACUGCAGAUGAGCAACCAGAUGAUGUGGAGAUCUUAGUUAAGUGUUGCUCCUGGUCACAAAAUAGUGCCAUGAUUCUGGUGGUAGCCAAAAAUAAGCUUCUGCUCUUUGAUGUUAAAACGAGUGAUUUAUUAAAGCAAGUCACUGUAAGUCAUCACAGUAUGAUCCAAUAUUGUGACUUCUGCCCUGGUGAUGAGUUAGUAGCAGUUGCUUUAUCUCACUGUUCUGUUGAGUUAUGGAAUAUUAAAUCAUUAUCAAAAGUAGCAGAUUGCAGGGGACAUAUGAGCUGGGUUCAUUGUGUGACAUUUUCUCCAGAUGGAUCUUUAUUUGUCACAUCCUCUGAUGACCAGACGAUACGAAUUUGGGAAACAAACAAGGUGUGCAAGUCUUCUCAUGCUGUGCUGAAAAGUGAACUUGAUGUUGUAUUCCACAAUGAUAAAGUGGUGAUUUUAGCAAUUUACAAUCAGCAGCAUUUACAACUUAUUAAUGGGAAUAACGACAGCAUUAUUAUGCAGACAGAAGCUCAGGAAUGCCCUAUUUGCUGCUGUUGCUUAAGUGAAGAUCUUAAAUUUGCCGCAUUUGGAGAGGAGAAUGGAAAAAUAAAGGUACUACAGUUGUCAGAUGGGAAAGUCUUGAAAGCCUUAGAAGCCCACCGGACACCUGUGCAGCAUUGCCGGUUUACCUCUGACUGCCAGACCCUCAUUUCGAGUGCUCAUGAUUCAGUAAUACAGGUAUGGAGAUGGCAGUUGAACGAACGUAUGUUUCUAAGAGGGCACAAAGAAGCAGUCAAGGAUUUUAGACUUCUGGAAAAUUCAAAACUUCUUUCUUGGUCAUUUGAUGGAACUGUUAAGGUGUGGAAUAUAAUAACUGGAAAAGCAGAAAAAGAUUUUACAUGCCACAGAGAUACAGUUCUUUCUUGUGCUGUUUCACCUGAUGGUAGCAAGUUUGCAUCUGCUUCUGCUGACAAAACUGCAAAGAUAUGGAGUUUUGAAAGUUCAUCUGUUCUACGUGAGCUGAAUGGUCAUGAAGCCUGCGUACGAUGCUGUACUUUCUCUUCUGAUAACAAAUUGCUGGCCACUGGAGAUGACAAAGGAGAAAUAAUGAUUUGGGAUACCUUAACAGGUGAAUUACUUCACUACUUCUCCCCAGUUACUGUAGAUGAAGGAGAACCAACCCACAGUGGUUGGGUGACAGACCUCUCGUUUUCUCCUGACAGUAAGAUUCUUGUGUCAUCUGGAGGCUAUCUUAAGUGGUGGAAUGUAACUACAGGAGAAUCCUUACAAACCUUCUACACAAAUGGAACAAACCUCAAGUCAAUACAUGUAUCCCCUAACUUCAAUGUGUAUGUGACUGUUGAUAACCUUGGUAUUCUUUAUGUAUUGCAAAAGAUGUGAUUAAUGUGAUGAACAUUGCAGAGAUCAUGUAGCUYGCUCAAUUUUUGAGCUAGAAAUUAAAUUCUGCUAACUAUUUUUCUGGCAGUCAUUAAGCUGUGAAUUGUAUUUCAAUAUUGUAUUCAUGUAAAUUCAUUUCAUUCAUUCAUUUCAUGUAUAUUUAUGUAUGCUUUCUCAAAUGAAUUUGCAUUUAAUCUUGUUUUUGAUAAGCAUUAUUAUUAAUACUUGAGUGUUUGCAUCUUAAAUAUGUUGCUCAACAUUAUAAGGACAUUAUAUUAAGAUUUAUUCAAAUUGUGUGAAGUUAAUAAACAGCAGUGGAGAAAUAAUAGGAGUAUAAAGAUCAGAAUAUUAUUUUAUGCUAAGGCUGAUGGCUAAAUGUUCUGUAGCCGUGUACACRAGGAUUUUUAUUUUCCACUGUGUUGUGAGACUUUUCAUAUAAUGCAGAAUGGAAAGAAUCAGGGACAUGUUUUAUUUGAAAAAUGAUACUCUUGGUAUCGUGGUGCUUGAAGUUCAAAACCAGAAGUCUGUUAGUUCUGUUGACAGCAGCAGGACUUCCCACUUGUGGUGAGAACUGUUAUGCUCCCACCCUUGGGGAGAUCAAGUGCAUUAUAACACAUAAGAGCUGUGCUUAUGAAGARGAAGCUUUUCAGUCUCGUUUUCUGAAGACAAAACCUGGAAAGUUAUUGGAAUUGGAGGAGAGCGUGCCACGUUUCCAGGCAUAGGGCUAAUAGAGAUAACCUAGUAAACUCUGAUAGAAAAUAUUUUAAAAGGUAUAUGCUGAAAAAUACAGAAAGGUGUGAAUUUUUAGUUGUUUUUCUUGAAGAUUAGCAUUCAACUCAUACCAUACCACAGAAUUUUAUUUGGAUCAUCUUUGUUUACAUGGGGUUCUCUGCACAGAGGUCUCUUGACUGCUAUGUGAUUCUUUAUUAUGUUUUUUAAUCUAUUUAUACAUCCAGUACAGGGUAUAACUUUUGACAUUUUCUACUAACAAUAGUUAACAUUUUUUGUGAAUAAUUAACAUUUUUUUAGACAUCUAGUAAGCAGGUCUUGUUUUAGUUAGUUACCUCUCAACUGCCRUGGGUAAUUGCACAAGCAUUUAAUAUCAUGAUUU